AUGGCUGGCAACAUCGCCGCCUUUCCCCGGACACCUGAUUGCUAUGCGGGCUGGAACGGGUACCAGUCUGAAAAUACCACCGCGAAACGGCGCGUUUGGCGCCUCAACGUAACCAUGCACGUCGAGGUGACCAAAGCUACGGACCGCGCCAAGGCGGCACCGACAACACAGGAUGUACAUGACGUCCAUCUGCAGCCGCUCGCGAUUUUCGCAUUUCUUGCGUGGCUCGGCAUCACCGUCAACUCUCUCCUCGAUCCGAUCAAGACACUCUACGGCUACUACAUCUACAUGGACAGCUACAACCAGUACGUCGUGUGGCAGCUCGAGGUCACCAACACCUUCAACAACGUCUCGUCGCGCGUCUGUUCACUUAACGGCCCAUUCCUUGACUGCUACUUUGAGUUACCCGUCUACGGUACCGGGUCCCUUUCGGGGGCCACCUGCCGGUCGUACUACCCUAUUGACAAGGCUCCAACGCAGCACAUUGGCAACUUCUUUGGCAAUUGCACGCUUCCGUCCGGCGAGCGCAUCGAGAUUCCUGAUCCUGCGCGCUUUGCGUCGACGCAGUGGUCCGUCCAGACGAGCUCUUUAGAUCGAACGUGCCUGGAGAUGCUUGGCGAAGGCGACAGCUUUGCGUGCGACACGAUCACAACAGCCAAUGGGCGCGUGAUCAACCACCGCGUGAGCCAGACCGAGACUACCAAGUGGUGCAAGGAGUUUGGAGGGUAUUACAUUCUGAAUCGGACGUCUGGUAUCCAAGAGGUGCUCGUCGCCAACACAUCUGGCCCAUUCGCGUUUACAAGCAUCGCGUUAACGUACCUGCCGCCCGUGCUGAGCCUUGAGCCGCUCCUCAAGUGCGCGAUUGACUUGCACGUGGGCGGCACGGCGACGCACAUCACGACAUCGGCGUGGUACGGCGAUACGACGGCGCCGUGGACCGCGCGGACGACGAGGACGGCCGACGCCAACGACGUGACGUCAACGACCGACGGCAAGGUGCUCGUGACGACAAAACACUACUCGGAGGGCGACUUGACGCAAAUCCGGCUCGGCUACAAGGACGCGUAUCGCCUGACGCUGUUGGCGGUGAUUACCUACUACCGCGUGACCUCGAUCUACUACCCGAUCGCGCUCGUGUACUGGCGGCAGCGCACGCCGCUCUUUCGCUGGCUGCGGCAGCGGCACAUGGGCUUGGUGCUGCACAAGCGAGAGCGACACAACUUGUUCGUUCUGCUGUUGCUCUCGGCCGAGGCCGUCGCGAGCACGGAGGAUGUGGUCAUGUACUGCCAGCAAGUCAUCUAUUCGGGGCCGUCGCUCUUCCUCCUCGCGCUCAAGUACAUGUCGAUCACGCGCAUCAUCUGGCCGUGCGCAUGCCUCCUCCUCCUCACGUCGCGGCUCCUUCAGAUCUUAUUUGGGCGACAACACGCCUUUGCGAUGACCGAGGACCUCUUCUUUCUCGGCGCACCGGUUGUGUGGCUCUACAUUCCCGUGCAAGUCACGAGCCAGGGCAUGAGUCUCUUCCAGGGCUACCGCUGGACCGGCGCGAUCGUCCACCACUACACCAACUCGAUCUCUAACGUCUAUGCCAAGCAGCUCUCGUGUCUCACGCUCUACAUGCAGCUCUUCGGCUACUUCACCAUUCUGUCACCCUUUACAACCAUCUUCAUUGACGCCGUGUGGCGCAAGGUCACCAACAGCAGCAGCAUCUUUGUCUUCGUGCUCUCGCCGCUCAAACACCGCUUGUCCAGACGCGUGCUAGACAUUACGGCCACCGAGUCGCGCGUGCACACAAUCCUGAUGCUAUCGACGCGCAGGACGCCGCGAGAAAUCGCGUUGCAGAUGACGCGCGCCAAGCUGCCACCCUCUCGGCUCUGCGAGUCGCUCAACCUCGCAGCCGAAGGGUUUGUGUGCCUCGUCUACGGCAAGGUCCACGCCAUGGGCAUCACCGAGUGGGGCGUAUCGUCGCCCAUCGUCAACGAGCUCGGACAUGUGGCCGUCAUCGACCAAGGGAACCGCGUCGCCUUUGACGCCGCGGUGUCGAUCGAAUCACUGGCGCGGAUCACGUCACGACCGGCCUGUCUCGGCAUCCCCGAUAUAUACUAA